AUGACGACUCAGCGGGUAACGAACGGUCACAGUGGUUUCCACGGCGAUACAGAACCCGACAGUCCCAGCACGGAUGGCAGCGACAUCAGCGACACCGGAAUCAAAGGCAUAAGCAACGGAAGCAGCAUCACUGGCGCAAACCAGCGGCGAAAGAUGAACCGCAAAAAAUCGAGCCCGAUGAUGCCCGCUUUUAUGGUGUCGGCUCCGGGGAAAGUCAUUGUAUUCGGCGAGCACGCAGCCGUGCACGGGAAGGCUGCAAUGGCUGCUGCCAUCUCUUUGCGAUCGUACCUCCUAGUCACGACUCUUUCCAAGUCCAAACGAACGGUGACGCUUCGAUUUCCCGAUAUCGACUUCAACCACUCGUGGAACAUUGACAACCUCCCAUGGACAACUUUCCAACAGCCGGCCAAAAAGAAGUACUACUACGACCUUGUCACGGACCUUGACCCCGAGCUCGUCGCCGCAAUACAACCCUAUGUCGCCAAUGUUUCCGCGGACAAGCCGAGUGAUAUCCGCAAGGUACACCAGAACUCGGCCGGCGCGUUUCUCUAUAUGUUCUUGUCACUCGGUUCGCAGUCGUUCCCGGGCUGCCAAUAUACGCUACGAUCUACCAUUCCAAUUGGCGCUGGCCUGGGUAGCAGUGCUACGAUCGCAGUGUGUAUGUCUGCUGCCCUCCUUCUACAGCUUCGGACCUUGUCGGGUCCGCACCCGGAUCAGCCUGCCGAGGAGGCGCGCGUCCAAAUCGAGCGGAUAAACCGUUGGGCAUUCGUCUAUGAGAUGUUUAUCCACGGAAAUCCGUCUGGCGUGGACAACACCGUGUCGGCACAGGGCAGAGCGGUCGUAUUCCAGCGGCCAGAUUACAGCAAGCCCCCGUCUGUGCGGCCGUUGCACAACUUCCCCAAACUACCUCUCCUGCUCGUCGACACAAAGACGCCAAAGUCUACAGCACAUGAGGUUGCCAAGGUGGGACGUUUGAAGGACGCGCACCCCAAGCUAGUCGGCACGAUUCUGGACGCUAUUGACAAGGUCACAAACACAUCGGCUGACCUCAUAAACGAGGACAACUUUGACACGGAGAACGAGGAGAGUCUACGCCGCCUGGGCGAGCUAAUGACAAUCAAUCACGGCUUACUGGUCUCGCUUGGGGUCUCCCAUCCACGGCUGGAACGAGUGCGCGAGCUGGUGGAUCACCAGGGGAUAGGCUGGACCAAGCUCACGGGCGCCGGCGGUGGUGGAUGCUCCAUCACAUUGCUCAAGCCGGGGGUCUCUAGGGACAAGUUGGAUAAGCUGGAGGAGCAGCUUGACCAAGAGGGUUACCAGAAGUUUGAGACGACGCUUGGCGCAGACGGUGUGGGCGUCCUGUGGCCAGCUGUGCUCAAGAACGGAAUGGAUGAGGACGAUGAGGGCGGAAUGGAGAUUGACUUGGACAAGUUCCUGAGUGCCGAGGGGAAUGAGGGGGUGGAACGGCUGGUCGGUGUCCACGGAGGGAAAGGUGAAAGAGAAGGGUGGAAGUUUUGGAGGGUCGAGACCUAG